AUGCUUCUUCUAUAUGUUGACGAUAUCUUCAUCACCGCCUCUCGUGCGGACUUACUUCGCGAGAUUAUUGGUCGUCUCGGUUCUGAGUUUCGGCUUAAGGACUUGGGCGCACUGCACUUCUUCCUCGGUAUCAAUGUGCGACGUGACUCUUCCGGAUUCUUUCUUCAUCAAGGACAGUAUGCUCUUAAUCUAUUGGAUCGUGCUGGCAAGACCGACAGCAAACCUGCUGCUACUCCUGCUGAGGCCAAGCCGAAGCUCUCUGCCACUGCUGGACAACUUGCCACUGACGCCGCUCUCUACCGCAGUAUUGUUGGUGCUCUUCAGUACCUCACGCUCACCAGACCAGACAUUCAGUUUGCCAUGCAGCAGGUUUGCCUGCACAUGCACUCGCCUCGUGAUGUUCACUGGUCUUUGGUCAAGCGCAUUCUUCGGUACAUCCGCGGCACACCGACCUUCGGUCUUCGUCUCCGUGCCUCCGCCUCCACCGAGCUGUUUGCUUACACUGAUGCGGAUUGGGCCGGUUGUCCUGACACUCGACGAUCUACGUCGGGAUAUUGUGUCUUCUUCGGCGACUCUCUCAUCUCAUGGUCCUCUAAACGGCAGCCCACCAUCUCCCGCUCGGGUGUCGAGGCCGAGUACCGUGCCGUUGCCAACGUUGUUGCCGAGACAUGUUGGCUACGUCAACUACUUGGCGAACUUCGGGUCUCGGUCCCGAAAGCUACGGUGCUUUUCUGUAAUAAUGUUUCGGCCACCUAUCUCGCGACCAAUCCGGUGCAGCAUAAGCCCACCAAGCACAUUGAACUUGAUGUUCAUUUUGUCCGCGAGAAGGUUCAGUUGGGUCAGCUCUGUGUUCUUCAUGUACCGACCACCCAACAGUUUGCCGACAUUAUGACCAAGGGGCUUCCAACCGCUGCAUUUCAGGAGUUCCGUUCCAGUCUUUGCAUCGCCUACGCCAAUGCUUCGACUGCGGGGGGAGUUGAACGUGACAUAUUUGUAUUGCUAUUCCUGUCGUCUCUAGCCUUGUAUAGUUGA